AUGUUUGGCCGAUUUGCCCGGCCGAGCGCUUUGCGCGCGGCUUCUCUGAAGACACCUUCCUCCGUCCUUUCACGCUUCCAAGCCCGUGGCCUCCAUCAGAUCCCUCAAUUGCAACAUGAUUCCUACUUCAAAGCGCAUGGCGUCCCGGAUUUUAUGUCCCCCGAGGCCUAUGACUUCGCUUGGACCCAAUACCAAACCCUUCUUGUGGAUAAGCUGAAUUUGUUGACAAAUGACACCAUUGAUGCGGAUGCGAAGCCUGGAGAAUUGCUGGUCAAGUACUCCCGGCGUCCAGAGAUGGCUUCGGUCUUCAACUACGCUUCCAUGGCCCACAACAACCACUUUUUUUUCAACUGCCUGUCCCCCACGACUACUAAGAUCCCCGAAUCCUUCGCUCGGGACAUCGUCGACACGUGCUCUUCCGUCGAAUCCCUCAAGCUCGAUUUCCUCGCCACCGCCAACGCCAUGUUCGGCCCCGGGUUUGUCUGGCUCGCCAAGAAUCUCGAGCGAGAGGGUCUGAUGCAGAUCUUCUGCACCUACAACGCUGGCUCCCCUUACCCAGCUGCCCAUGCCCGCCGGCAACCCGUUGAUAUGGCCACACACUCGCCCGAUGCCCCCAUAGGCAACCAGUUCGCUGGCUCGAUGGGCGCCCAUUCCCAAAACCAGAAGAACAUGGCCCCCGGUGCCAUUGAUGUGCAGCCUAUUCUGUGUGUUAACACCUGGGAGCACGCAUGGAUGAUGGACUACGGCAUCGGUGGAAAGGAGGAAUACCUCGAGCGCUGGUGGGACCGCAUCAACUGGGACAUUGUGUUCGAGAACUACAACGCUGUCACCUCAUCCAAGGCAGCACGGCUGUCGUCGACCCGCAGCCGGAAUUUCUAG